GGAUUGAGCGGGUCUGAUCAAGGUUCCCAGAGGGCAGCGCGUCCUCGGCUCUGCGGAGCUGUCAUGGCGGGUCUGCUGAAGAAGACCACUGGCCUUGUGGGAUUGGCUGUGUGUGACACUCCACAUGAGAGGCUAAGAAUAUUGUACACAAAGAUUCUUGAUGUUCUUGACCAAAUCCCUAAAAAUGCAGCAUAUAGGAAGUACACAGAACAGAUUACCAAUGAGAAGCUGGGUAUUGUUAAAGCGGAAACAGAUGUUAAAAAAUUAGAGGAUCGACUUCAGGGUGGUGAAAUAGAAGAAGUGAUUCUUCAGGCUGAAAAUGAACUAAGUCUAGCAAGAAAAAUGAUACAGUGGAAACCGUGGGAACCUCUAGUGGAAGAGCCUCCUGCCAACCAAUGGAAAUGGCCAAUUUAAUGACUUGUGUGUCACUGAGAAACUUGUAAUUAAAUAUGUUCUGUUAAACUUAAAAUGUUUCCAUAUUAUUGACAUUUUAUAAUCAAGAUAUCUGACAGAAGAUAUUUAGAUUUGUAAAUAUUGGAGAUUAUGAUAACAGAUAAUCAGUUUUUGGUUUGUAAAGCAUGCAUUUGAAUUAUUUCAAAGGUAGUAUUUCUUUAAACAUUUUGUGAGAAUAUCUAAACGUUAAUUGGAAAAAUUCCUAUAAAUUUUCAGUGCAGAGGUCAUUUUCAAAAGAGUGUUUUUAGUGUAAUCUUUAACACAUUUAAUUUUUUAAAUUCUGAAUAGAAAGGAAAGAUGGUUAAUUAUUUAAACAAAUUUAUAGGUUGCUGUUUUAUGAAAAGUAGUUAAGAAGCAAGAGGUAAGCCAUCAAAUUAGAAUUCACUUAGCAGUCGAGUCUUCAUUUAGUACUUAAAAGACAUUUCUUCUUUAAAGUGGUGUUUGGGAAAAAUCCCUUUUUUCACAUUCAAGUUUGUUUUGUGGCCCUUCACCUAAAUUUUCAUGAUUAAUUAAACUACUGCUGGGAUAAGGGCAGAAUUUCUGUGAAAGAAAACACAUUAGGAGUUCCUAAAAUUUAUCUGUUAUUCAGCUAGACAGCAAAACAUCUUAUUUGUAUAAUUAUAACUUCAUAAAUGCAGCUGAAAAAAAAAUGUUCAGAAUGAGAAUAGACUUGUAUUUUCUUUUUUCUAAUAUGUUUCUCCUCCUGUAGAGCAGUAAAUGAAAUGCUAACUAAAUAUUAAAGUCUAUUGAUUUGCCUUUUAGCAGUCACACUGCAGGAAAGCUCCUGAGGGGAAAGUGGGAAAAGCACUAGAGGGUGAGUCAAAUUUUCAUGUCACACACCAUAGUAAACACAGUGACUAAGGUGAAGAAAGUUGUUGAUCUUAUAGAAUAGCCUACUUCCUGCUCUAGAAGAAGUAGGAUAUAUACUUUCCCUUAUAGUUCUAAACAUCUGCUUUAAUAUAUGAUACUUUGGGUAUUUUUACUUGAGUAAAAAUAUUUGAUUGUCAAGCAUAUUUGCAUAAAUACUUUCAAGGUAAUUUUUAAAUCAUUUUGGGGGGGCACUUAAAAAUAGAAAGAAGGCUUGAGGUAUCUCCUCAUACUUUCAACACCGCUUCUCAUGAUUCUUGGGCAUCUCAUAUGUCACCAACAAAACUGGCUGUUAGUAAAGACCUUAUCGGUAUUUGCAUUAGAGAUGCUAGUUGUAACUUAGUGGUCAUCGUAGAAGCAAUACAGUAAUAACAAGUGUUAAUGUUAGUUAGGAACUGUUGUAAGUACUUGACUAACUUUGUUCUUUAAAUCUGCACUGUACCUCUUAAGAAUGAAAUACUACAAAUUAUCUCCAUUUUUCAGCUUAGGAAGCUAGAAUCUAGUGUGAGUAGUUCGUACCUGUAAUUGUUCAAUGUGGGACUCUGGAUCAGCUAA